UCCAAUAUGCACCAAAAUUUGGGAGUUGGUCACUUCUUUUUACGAAACGCGUUCCAACGAGAAUUUCAGUAUGAGGAACAAUUCAGAGACGACGAUGAUUACUUCGACAUGGAAAAUUUACAGAGUGACGGACAGGAAUGCAGCAAACAGCCUGAUUAUUUCGUGCCGGAAGAUACCUUCAUAAGUCUGCCGGACUGGAGCGAGGCGUUGUUUGCAGUUGGGAAUAUAAUCGUCUUAAUUUCCGCAAUAUGUGGGAACAUUGGGUCGCUCCUGAUUCUCUACAAAUCUCAGAUGUCAAAACGGUCGACGAAACAGUUCUUGGCUUCAUUAGCGAUGUGCGACUUGAUUCUCGCCCUGACCUCGCCAACGGUGGAUUUGAGUCAAAUUCUGUCCCGAUAUCAGAGCUGGAUUUUUGGAGGCUUUCUCUGCAAAGUGAUCCCCUUCAUCCAAACGACGGUGGUCAUGGGGGUGGCCCUUUUUCUAGUCGUCAUCGCGGCCGAGAGGUACAUGUACGUAGUAAGGGCGCUAUCUCCGAACGUUUCUCAGUCCCCGUGGAGAGACAUUUUCGCCUCAGUCGUGGUCGCCGCGGUGUGGAUCUGGUCCAUAUUGGUCGCCCUCCCAAACUUGUGGUACUACGAGCACAAAAGUUUCUGGACUUACGUCGUCGUGAACGGGCAACCUGUCCGUCCGCGGAACGAGACUUGUUCCAAAUUUUACUACAUCUGCGCCCGAACUACUUUCGACGAGUACAAUGUCGCCUACUAUUCCUCCCUCGGGCUCGCCAUCCUUGUCCCCACCAUCGCCUUCCUUUUCUGCUAUGUUUCCAUCAUCAUUUUCGUCCGACGCCAUGUCGUCACUCUCGGACAACGGGUCGGGUCGGAGACGCGGAUUGCGAGAAACAGGAAAACUCUGAGACUAAUUUUAGGCCUCAUUUUCCUCAACAUCGUUUGUCGUCUGCCCGUUUGGACCUUCGUCGUCGUGACGAAUAUCAAGGAGACCCCGGCAAAUAGAUUGACACUACUUUUGAUGUACAGUUUCCACCUCUUGUCAAAUGUGAACAGUUUAAUCAAUCCGUUCGUAUAUGCGAUUUUCAACGAUUCCAUCCGUACGACGAGGAACAGCGGGAUUGCGGGGAGAGAUGGAGGGGGUGGAGUUGCGGGUUCUGGGGGUGGUGGGGCUGGUUCUACAUGUCACGAGAGUAGAGGAGGAUUUGGGAAUUGUUGUAGUUGGAUCACGUCCUGUUGUUAUCAUCAAAUCAAAGCCACGUCCGUUGAGUACUUCCUCGAAAGAAAGGUCAAGAAUAAUUACGACUUUACGAAAAACAACUCCAAGUUUAUCCCAUCCGUGUCCACGCAAAGGUUCAAUUUGAGUGCGGACCAGAGAAAUGAAUUUGCAGUGACCCCAACCAUGCCAAAGUUAUCCAGUAAUAAUAACAAUAAUGAGAAUGUUUCCACGGCUUAAAAAAACUGCAGUUUCAAACAGAUGAGACAACAAGUUUUCAGACAUUGCGUUUUUUAAGGAAGAUUCACCCAAAACCUGACUUGUUUAGAACUACAUACAUACAAAAGUCUGUUAAAAGCCUGUAAAACUGAGCAUGACAAAAUAAAAUGGUAUGUUUACAAUAAUUGUCUCUAAAAUGUAUUUUUGCCCUUUUUCAUCAAACUUGUAAACCUUCUGGUCUCCUUUUUUGGAUAAAAUGACGAGGCGACAUGAGAA